UCAGCCAAUCUUCGGACCCGCGGAUUAGGCGAUCCGCCUAGGCGCGCACUUCAAUGCACAGCCCACCUGAACUCAUCACCCCUCCCGUUUCUCGACCUGCCGACCUAACCGGCUCUUUGGACUGCUGGCCGUCCGAGUGCUGCCGGCCUUCCGGUACCUGCCGGUAGCAAUUCCCGUGAACGUCUACACUCAGUAUCGGCUCGCUAUAUUCUCAUCUGCCAUAGCGAGCCAUGUUCCGUAGAUUACGGGCUCUAUGGAGCCCUGCACGAAACGCGUCCAAGUCCACGUCAGCCAUGUCUCCUGCUGACGUGUACGAGGGCUUGUGGUCCCCCCGUUUGCCGAUGCCGACACGUGUCUCUCGCAUGCUUUUCGACCGGUUAUUGCGGUUCGCGCCUCCGGAGCCGCUGCUGCCGAUUCUUAUAGCGAAUGCCGCGGGAUUCUAUACGGGUAUCACACUCGCUGCAAUCACGGAACAAAGAUACAAGGAAGCUUACUGGGAGGAGCAUCCAGGGGAGGCCGUGCCUCUGAUGCGGUCGUCCUUGUAUUUCGGCAAGUACAGAAUACGAAGAGAGGACUUCAGUGAGGAGGGGGAGGCAGGCACUGGUGCAGGCGGUGCUGGUGCUGCUGGUGCUUCUGGUGCUUCUGGUGCUGCUGGUGGUGGAAGCAGCAGCAGUGGCAGUGGGAGCAGCAGAUGACACCGGCAGUGGUGAGAUUCGAGAGAGGGAGGCCGUGCCUCUGAUGCGGUCGUCCCUGUGUUUCGGCAAGUACAGAAUACGAAGGGAGGUCUUCAGUGAGGAGGGGGAGGCUGGUCCUGGGGCGGGUGGUGCUGGGGGGGGGUGGUGCUGGGGCGGGUAGUGCUGGUGCGGGUGCAGGUGGUGCUGGUGGUGCUGGUGGGAGCAGCAGAUGACACCGGCAGUGGUGAGAUUCGAGAGAGGGAGGCCGUGCCUCUGAUGCGGCCGUCCCCCUCUCAGAGGCACCGCCUCGUAUUCUGUGUUUUGGCUUUGAGAAUUCUCAAAAACAUAAGUACAGAAUGCGAAGGGAGGGUUUCAGUGAGGAGGGGGAGGCAGGCACUGGGGCGGGUGGUGCUGGUGGUGGCGUUGCUGGUGCUGGUGGUGCUGGUGGUGCUGGUGGCACUGGCACUGGCAGUGGUUCUGAUGGUGAAAAGGGCAGCAGCAGCAGCAGCAGCAGCAGCAGCAGCAGCAGUGCAACAGCACUACUGCCAAAGGCCAUGCCAGGAGGUGAUUGCUCCUUACUAGUCAUUCCAAACCAACAGACAGUGACUUCUUCAGUAACACAGUACUGUUGACUGCAUUACUGUCCCUGAAGCCACUGAAACACUGUACCCAUUUUUCGUGGAUGGACAUCUGGACCAGCAACAGGGGGCUCUAUAGUGAGAAUAAACGGUGUACAUGUGUUACUGUACUCUACACCCAAUG